AUGGGCGUGGACGUGGUGCGGAUCUUGCAACCGGUGAAGAUGAGCCCCGACUGCCUGCUGCCCAACUUCCCAUGGCUGGGUCUGGCCCGGAUGGGGGAGAAGUUUGCCUGCAUCCUGCAAGCGAGCCCUUCGGGCAAAGAGGUCCUCUUGGAGAUGCAUCUUCCCGAA